AAUAUUUUCCACUAGGAACAAGUAUUUUACGAUUUUUCAUAUAUAAACCUUCCUGUACCUGUAUAUAAUUUAUAUAAACAAUUUAUUAAAAUAAUUUAUAUAAUAAUGUAUAUAAACCUUCAUAGUUCCAAUCUUUUUGUUGAAUUUUAUUAAGUUUUUGAACGAAUUCCUAACCUUAUUUCUUGACUGAUUCACUGUCAAAAUAAAUCAUAUAUAUUAUUAAUGUUUGUAAACAGGCCAUGAAAUAAAAAAAAAGAAGAAGAUUGUUUGUAAACUAAACAUAUUAUGUACAAGAAACGUGUUUCUUUAACGAAGAUAACAAUUAGUUGAAAUGAAUGAAUAACACUAUGUUAAGUUUGUGGUUGUUUCAAUUAAUUUAAAUGUAGACAUGUGCUUAAAUCGUCUACCAAAGUUAAAGAAAUGUUUAUUCUGUAUUUCAUUAAGAGAUGGAGUGUUUAUGAUUUCUAAAGGAGGUUUGGUUAGUAUAUUACAUGUAUUACUUUUUAUUGAGAACGCCUUUAAAUCGACCUUCAUUAUCACAGAACACAGAAAGACCUCUUUUCCGUGUUCUGUGCUCAUUAUUAUCGUCAGCCUAUUAAUACACAGCCUAAUAAUUGCAGGGAUACAGACCUUCCAAAACAGCCAAUACAUGCAUUAUUAUUUUAUUGAAUACGAUUUUGCUUUUUUGGUUCCAUACCCGAAGGGUAAAAUUAGGACUCUAAUACUAAGGCCCAUUUUCACUAAACUUAGGAGUCGCCCUAAUCUGUCGCCUAAAUAUUUAGGAAUCAAAAUGCAUUUCACCGUUGACUUGGAACCACUUAACGAAAUUAAGUGAUGUCUAAAGUUAUGAUAUUCUUUGCGUUGCCUUGCGCUAGGAAUUUGCGUAUAUGAUAGGUCAUAAAUAUGUCAAGGGAUAAAAGAAAAAAAUAUAUUUAUUUGGAAUUGAACUAACAUGCUUAGGCGAUUCCAGAUAUUAAGUGUUACGUAGUUAAGCUAGGUCUUGUUCUAGGUUAGUGAAAAUGGGUGUAUGACUCUGUUCGUUUGUAUGUCCGUCUUUCUGUUCGUCUAUCUGUC